CUUACAGUCAUGAUCGAUCCUCUCUGCUUCUGCUGAGGAGCAUCUGAUCAUCACAGGCUUCUCGAGGACUCCUCCUGGAAAUGAAGGACGUUUUCACCCCGGAUUGAGAAGUCGCCAUAUUUAAGACCUUUAUUGUUUUUGGUGAUUAUUCUACUUUUUUAACUCGUGGUGACUCUUUGCUGAUUCUUGGACACGAUGGCCGACAACAAGCAGCCUGUCUUCUGCGAGGACUCGCCCAAACGAGUGCUGGUGUCCGUGAUCAAGACCACCACCCCGAUCAAGCCCCGGACAGCGGAGUCGAGGACGCCCACCAGCCCCGGCUUCAGCGACUUCAUGGUGUACCCGUGGAAGUGGGGGGAGAACGCCCACAACGUGAGUCUGAGCCCGGGGUCGCUGAGCGGAGCUUCGUCCCCCACCAGCACCCAGACCCCCGGAGAGGGGGGGGACACGGCCCAGUCCCCGGAGCAGAUCAAGGAUGGUAUCCGCAGAGGUCGUCCACGCGCCGACACUGUCCGCGAGCUGAUCAACGAGGGCGAGACCUCGUCCAGCCGCAUCCGCUGCAACAUCUGCAACCGAGUGUUUCCCAGAGAGAAGUCUCUACAGGCCCAUAAGAGGACACACACAGGAGAGAGGCCGUAUCUCUGUGACUACCCUAACUGUGGGAAGGCGUUUGUCCAGAGUGGUCAGCUGAAGACACACCAGCGCCUGCACACCGGGGAAAAGCCCUUUGUCUGCUCAGAUAAAGGAUGUGCCAAUCGGUUCACUCAUGCAAACCGUCACUGCCCCAAGCAUCCGUUCUCCCGUCUGAAGAGGGAGGAGCCAAAGGAGGGUCAGGGGAAGGCCCAGUCUGUGGAUAACAAGGCUGUGGCAGAGUGGCUGGCUAAGUACUGGCGAACCCGCGAGCAGCGUGCCCCCACGACCACCAAGGUGAAGCCGCAGGGCAAGGGGAUGGCGGAGGACCAGGAGCAGCAGGAUCCCAUGGAGUUCCUCCAGUCGGACGAAGAGAACGAGAACGAGGAAGAGGAGGAGGCUGUGGAGGAGGAGAAGGCGAGCCAGGGUGGAGCCGCCAAGCAACGCCGCCAGGAGCAACGGGAGCGUCUCCACGGCGCUCUGGCACUCAUCGAGCUGGCCAACAACCUGUCUCCCUGAACACCCCCCCGCCCACCUCCUGGUUCUGGACUCCCCUUUCCCUCCCCUUCCCAACCCGUCUUCCUGCAAAGCGUGCUGUAGCUGAAAAAAAAAGAAAUCGUUCAUAA